UAUUAUAAGAAAAACAAUCAUUUUCCAGAGCAGUUAUAUUAUAUAUAGACAGAGAUAGCAAGUAACAAAUACAAACGUGUCCCACACACACCAACCCUCUCUCCCUCUCUUCUUCUUCACGGGCAACUGAAAAGUCACAGGCAAAGAGAUGGCAUCCUUGACCAUGUCCACGGCGGCGAUGAUGGUGGCGAUCCUUUUUGUGAGCACCACCACAAUCAUAACACAAGCGCAAAAUAUCCCAUCUUGUGCCCAGAAACUAAUUCCAUGCGCCGAGUAUAUAUCAAACACCACAGUCACGCCUCCCUCUACUUGCUGCAACCCCAUCAAAGAAGCAGUUAAUACUGAGAGGGCUUGCCUCUGCAAUCUCUACAAUACACCUGGUUUGCUUUCAGGCUUUGGUAUCAAUGUAACUCAGGCUCUCGGUCUCACCAAGAGAUGUGGGGUUAGCACUGAUCUCAGCGCUUGCAGCAAAGCUGAAGCACCAACUGCUGGCGCCGGAACGCCGCCCCCAGGAGUACCUGGAAAUGAUGGCAGCAGGAUGGCAUGGACUGGCUUUUCAAGCUUGGUCUUGUUAUGGGCUUCUUAUUCUCUAAUUUACUAGGCCAUCUACAUUAAUGUUCUGAGAUGAUUAUUUAUUAGUAGAGUGUUAUGAUGGCGUGAUCAUUAUUCAUGUAUUAGCGAGAUAUAUAUAUGUAUUUCCCCAUUUGGAGAUUUUUUGUGGUUCACUUAUUUCGUUUCCUUUUCCUUUGUAUCUCAUUGAUUUUUUACCUAUUGAACUUUAUAUAUAGCAUUUGGUGUUUUGAUCUUUA